UCGAAAAUUACCAAAUCCGCUAGGGUUCACAAAAAAACCCUAAAAUCUCGCGAGCUCAGGUUCUCGAGUGAAUCUCUGUGUUCUCCGAUUCCAUUUCGAGCCGAGUCAAAGAAAACCGAGUGAUUUUCUGAUCCGAUUCCGGCGAGUGAGGAUCAACGGACUUCUUUCAUGGCGUCCUUUAAGGUGCUACAUUCUUCAAAUUCUAGAAACUCGGAUCUAUCUCGUCGCAUCCCAUCUUCUUCUUCUUCCUCUAUAAGACCUCAACAGUUCAGGCGAGAUCCCAUCGCCGAUGAAUCGAGGAUUAGCGGCGGUUACGGCGGAAGUAACGACGGAUACGGCUCUAAUACGAUGACGGUGGAAGGGAUUCUACACGACGCCUUCGCAUCGGAUCCACCAGCGACUGACUCUUCACUCCUAGAAGCUUCGAUAACUCUGAUGGAUACUCCAUCAGCGCCGAUGGAGAUAACGACGGUUUCCGAUCUCGAUCGCGGCGGCGGAGGAGGAACGGAGACGCGUGGGAAGAGUGUCGAUGAGGUUUGGAGAGACAUCGUGUCUGGAGAAGGGAAAGGGAUGAAGGAAGAGACGCAGGAAGAGAUAAUGACGUUGGAGGAUUUUCUAGCGAAAGCCGCCGGGGGAGAUUCAGCGACGGUGGUAGGGAACGGAGGAGGAGAAUCCGACGAUAUGGAUGUGAAGAUUCCGCCGGAGAGACUCGAUUACGGAUUCGAUCAUUCAGCGCCGCCGCAUAAUCCGUUUCAGAUGAUUGAUAAAGUAGAAGGAUCUAUCGUUGCGUUUGGGAACGGUUUGGAUGUUUACGGAGGAGGAAGAGGAGGAGGAGGAGCGAGAGGGAAGAGAGCGAGAGUAAUGGUGGAGCCAUUGGAUAAAGCAGCUGCGCAGAGACAGAGAAGGAUGAUUAAGAACCGUGAAUCUGCUGCUAGGUCGAGAGAGAGGAAACAAGCUUAUCAAGUUGAGUUGGAGUCUUUAGCAGCGAAGCUCGAGGAAGAGAAUGAAACGCUUUCGAAAGAGAUUGAAGAGAAGAGGAAAGAGAGGUACAAGAAGCUAAUGGAGUUUGUGAUUCCUGUAGCUGAGAAACCGCAGCAGCAACCACGGUUCUUACGCAGGAUUCGAUCUUUGGAAUGGUAAUAAUAAAGGUAUAGACUUUUUCAUGCUUUUUUUUAGGAUUCAAGGGUUCUUUGUUUUGUAACUAAAACCUGUUUGUGUGAGAGUGGAUUCAUAAUCUACUGUAGAGAGUGUGAUGAACAUGGUUAAUAAUAACUUAAAUAUUAUAUAGAUUUGCAUAUGUUA